CACAUAUGUGACGAUAAAUCUAGGGUUCUAACCCCACAUCCUUCGGAGUCUUCAUCUAGGGUUUUAGCAAGUUUGCAGUAAAAAGGCUCUCUACUUCUCCAACACACAAACACACACAAAAUGGUUAUUCCAAACGAUAUCGAUUUGUUGAAUCUACUAACGGAGCUCGAGAAGAGGAAGCACAAGCUAAAACGUCUGGUCCAGUCCCCUAAUUCCUUCUUCAUGGAAGUCAAAUGCCAAGGCUGUUUCAACAUGAAAAUGACACUGCCAUGCUACAAAGAGGUGGUCGGCCGGCCACUAUUAUUGGUAUUGCCCUACUGCAGCAGAAAAGGAAUAGAGCGGAAAUAGAGUGUUUCUAGGGGAUGUUUAUCCUCUCUACCUCUCUCUAUCAUGAAAUUGAUCAAAAGAGAGGUAGAAUCGAUUCACAAAUUAUCAGUGGUUACAAAGUUGUUACAUGAUGCUCUAUGACUCGAUUGGACAAAUGCUCAAUAAGUGCAAAUAAAAGACCCACAAAACCUCCUUGCUAUCAUGGGAUUGAUCAAGGAAAGUGGUUGACAUUGAUUCUUGAACCAUUAUCAUCACAAACAAGUGUGAAAUGGCUCAAGACUCAAUCCGUUCAAUUAACGUCUGAUUGAACCCAACUUGAUUUUAUUAUCUUGUUC